GAUGUGGUGGACAGUAUUCACAGAGGGGUUAAAAUGUUAUUCUCCAUUGGUUUAACCUUCAAUUUAAUCCAUGCGUUUACAUAACUCUACUUUAUUGCACUGCUAGAAAGACCUGGAUGCGUUUUUAGAAGUGGUGGUUUGAGAGGCUGACCAAAACACGUGUGAGUGAAGAUCCUAUCCUAUAGACAAGUGUGACAGUGUUUUCAUACUGAGCCGAGAACGACAUAGGCGCUGCUGUACGACUGUUUUAAUCUGGAUUAGUGUUUCUCUCUCUAGCCAGGACUCUAAUAAUCCGAUUAUUCGGAGUUUGCUUGGCGCUUCUUCAAGGGGGGAAAAGAAGAUGAGGGAGACGCGAAGCAAGGUCUCUUCGGUUAUAUUGCGGUGUUUCGGCGCAUACUGUUACUGUUCAUGCUGGUUCAGGCGAUCUGCACUUUUGAAGUGAGGCUACGAGAGGCUAUCCGUGCUAUUAAAUAUAUUGGAAGAUUUUUUCUACGCCAUGCAAGGCAAGUCGAACGCGUCUCUAUGCAAAGCGUGAUUAAAGUUAUUUUAACAGGGUUUCUAUUCUAGUCAGUCCACUGCAGUGCAUCCCUGUGCAGUAUUCGGACAUAUAGAAUGCUGCGCUCUGCUCUGCAGUCAGACUGCGGCUUUGACAGAGUUUUGAGAGCGAAAUCGAAAGACGACUGAAUUUAAUGAGAGUGACUUGGGUCUUUUUCCAUACCUUUCAAUCAACGGGGAUAACGGUAUCGGCUAUAGCCUACAUUAUGGGUCCUUCAUUGUCGUUUUGAUGGUGUUCAGAGUCCUGGGGUUGAGGGAUGACUCAGACUGGGGAAGAGAAUGCUACUCACCGUGCAGCACCCACUGAUCCCCAGCGCCAUGUCUUACUACCCUAGAGCCAACCACUGUGUUUGGGGGACCACGUCUCCAUAGCUACAGCAGCAAAAUAUACACAUCUUCAAUACAUGAAAACUGAGAGAGGGAUGGAACCAUAUUUCAGAUUGAAUGUGAGUACUGUGGAUAUUAAGUAACAAACACAGUCUUACAAACUGUCAGAGGCAGAGAGAAGAACAGCAUGGAGGACAGUGAGCUUAUCUUUCUGGAGCGCCAUGAUGAAGGCGAGGGCCCUACCGUGGCCUUCUCCAAAGACAAGCCUGGAGUCAGGGAGUCCAGGGACAGUAGGCCCGACUCAGGCCUGGGGCUAGGUUUGGGGCUGAAGCCAGGCCAGGGACGCCGCUCCUCGGGCUUCCACAUCCCCCUCUCCCCCUCCUCUCCGGGCUCCCUGGCUGACCUGGCCAUGGCCUCAUCGCCGCCCCCCGGCCUGGUGAAGUCCUCCUCCACAGAGCUGCAGAACAAAGAGACUGGUUCCUUGAGAAGCUCCAAACCCCUCCUCAGCCUGGUCAAGUCCCUCUCCACCGAGAUCUCCCACCUCGAGCCCGAGGUCUACCUCUCCAAGUCGGACUCCAAGCUCCACAUGCACCCCUGGAAGCAGUUCACCCAGACCCAACCCAAGCUCCAGGAGGCUGGUUCUGGGAAUGAUAGCUGGAUGGCACCCCCGUCCCCCGUCUCUCCCACGGAGCCCAAAGGAAGUUCCCUGAUGACCGAGUUCGAGGACACGCGGAGGAAGUUCUCGGAGGCCAUACAGGACCCCAUGAGCAUGUGGGGUAAAAUGAUGGGGGACGAGUCGAGCUCGGGGAGCCCCAAGCAGAAGGUGUCUGGGGGGGUCGGGGACUCACCUGCCUCCCUUGGUAGCUAUGGAGGUGGUGGGAGUGGGACCCCAUUGAACAUUGAAGACGGGAGCACAGAGACACAAGUAAGAUACAGACGUGGAACAGACAGCAAACUGGGUGUGUGUGAAACCCCACUAAGGAGACCCAGGAGGGGCCCUUUGAAGCCCUCACUUUCCCCAGAGCACCACAGCCAGCUGGGGGAUAGCCUCUACGAGAUCUGCACCAAUGGAGACCUCAUCCAGGUGGUAGAGGUCCAGGGGGGCGGAUCCAGUGGAGCUGGUACCAGAGGCCAGCAUCGAGGAACCCGUCCCCAGGCUCGAGGCAGGAUUCCUGUGGCCUCAGUGCCUGUCCGCUGGCUCUUGUUUGUGGGCGUACUUGCCUACGGGUUCUUUGUGCUCCCUCUGCCCUCCUAUGUGACUGGGCUGUCCCUGGGGCUAGCAUGUGGGUUCCUGUUAGGGUUGGUGGUGGUCCUGGUGUUCACGCCCCGUCCGGCAUCCAGAGCUUUGCCACCCUGGGGCACUACAGAGGCCCGGUGGUCCCAAGACAACAGCCUGCUGCCCUCGGACCCUGUUGGUGGGCCGCGCACAGAUGCAGAAGUCCUGGAGGGCUGGAUGAACGAGAUGCCCGUGUACGACCCGGAGACAUACCACCCGUCGCUCACCCACUCUGUGUAUGCCACCCUGUCGGGCAGCUGCCUACGCCUGGCCUACCCCCGCACCAACAUCCCCCGACGGGCAGCCUUCGACGAACUGCCCCAUGAAGCCGUGUUCCUGCGCUCGCGCUGCUACCAGCUGGCCAACUGCAAGGUCUCCCUGUUGCCUGCUGCCUUGGCACGGAAGAGAGUUUGGAAUAAGAAGUACCCUAUCUGUAUCAUACUGGCCGAGGGAGAGGUGGGGAGAGAGGAGGAGGAGAGAUUGGAAGAGGGGCAAGAGGAGGAGGAGAGGACAGACAAGCAGACACUCCCAGACACACAGACACAGGGCCUCCCCGACACUCUCUACCUCUUUGGUCGUACAGGAAGAGAGAAGGAGGAUUGGUUCCAGCACUUCCUGUUAGCCUCGAGGUCAGAGUUCAAGAUCAGCCCAAUCAGAGACGUACCCAAGUCUGAGGUGUUAUGUAGUGGGAGAUCCAGUAUGGACAGUACGGAGAACCUUCCCCCUCUGAUUGGCCUGCGUGACCUGGUGGACUACGGCUCCUACAUGAGCCGCCUCAUUGGCUUAGAGGGUAGCAGUCCCAGCCCCAGCCCCUGCCACAGCGACCAGGGAAGCCCCACAGCCAGGAAGAAGUUCCCCAGUGAGGAUGCAUCAACAGAGGGGGGCUGCCCAGCAGAGGGCCAACCGGCCUGGGUCAAUGCCCUGGUGGGGAGGAUCUUCUGGGACUUCCUCCGGGAGAAGUACUGGGUGGACCUGGUGGCCCACAAGAUCCAGAAGAAGCUGAGUAAGAUCAGGUUGCCGUACUUUGUGAAUGAACUGAAGUUGGCUGAUCUGGACAUGGGUACCUGCAUACCUCAGGCGCUCAGCAUCUCCAAACCCUCACUGGACCACAGAGGCCUGUGGUUGGAGAUGGAGGUGGUAUAUACAGGCUGCCUACAGAUGACCCUGGAGACAAAGUUGAACCUGUGUAAACUGGGGAAGGAGAAGUCCAUUGGGGUGGAGGCUGACGGAGACAUCCCAAAGACCAGCCAAGUAGGCUCCAAGCCCAGGCUGUGUGUAUUAGCUGACAGCGAUGAGGAGUCCUCCAGUGCCGGCUCGUCUGAUGAGGAGGAGGUGCCGCCCACUGAACCCCAGGGAACUCUGGGAGAUAAGAGCACAGGCACGCCACCACCACCAGCGACUGAUGGAGGUGGGAGCACCGGCAGACGGUUCCUGAGGUUCGUGGACAAGAUCGCCUCGUCCAAGUACUUCCAGAAGGCCACAGAGAACGAGUACAUCAAGAAGAAGAUCGCUGAGGUCUCCAACAUGCCACUGAUGCUCACUGUGGAAGUUCUGGAACUCUCAGGGACUCUGGCUGUCAACAUUCCACCUCCCCCUACUGACAGGAUAUGGUACAGUUUCCGCGUGCCUCCCAGGCUGGACCUGCGUGUGCGUCCCAUGCUAGGGGAGAGGGAGGUCACCUUCACACACGUCACAGAGUGGAUCGAGAAGAAGCUGAGUCGAGAGUUUCAGAAGGAGUUUGUGAUGCCCAACAUGGACGACCUCUAUCUUCCUCUCAUGUCCUCCGUGCUGGACAACCCUCCAGCAGCCCAGUAUUCCCCAGCCCACUCCUCACGCCGCUCCUCCAACAACUCCCAGUACUAUGUGUCUGAAUAGCACCUCACUGUGGCAGUGGAUGGAGAAGAAAAUACAUGGAAAACCAGUGGGCAUGGAUCCACAGUGGAUUCUGAGCAGAUAGCGCUUGGUUCAGUCCUAGCUUGUGAGGGAUGGUCAUACGUGCACGUACAACGUGGCAUGACGACUGGAGAGUGGCAUGCAGGAGAUAGUGGCAUGGCUAUGCUCUGAGCAGCAAGAGGGACUGGUAUAAUCGCAGAGCCUGUUACAGCGCCCGGCCCUACUGAUCUAGAAGACUGAACUUAGACAGCACUCUGCAAUAGGGAAUGUGACCUGCAAUAGCCCUGUAAUGAACCAGGCUGACGUUUAUUGGGAUGAGUCUUGUCCGUGAGGCAGAACUGAACGAUUUCCACUGGAUGGAACAGCAAAAAUUCAAAAUUGGCUGCAUUGUAAAAAUUCAUACACAAAAAUGUGCUUUUUGGUCUUAAUUUAAGUUUAGGGUUAAGGAUAGGUUUUCAAAUCAGAUUUUGACUUUGUGUCAUUGCCAGCAAGUGACCACUCUGCAUAGCUGCCUCCAGAACAAAAUAGUCUAACCUGCGUAAUGAAGACAGCGAGUGUGACCCAGCUGGCACCAUAGAUAUAUAUAUCACAGGAGGUUGCAACCAUGUUAGAUACCAUUCCACCUAUUCCGCUCCCAUCGUUAACACGAGCACGUUCUCCGCAAUUAAGGUGCCACCAACUUCCUGUGCUAUAUAGUGCACUGCUUUUGACCAGGGCCCUGCUAUGGUAAUGCACUACAUAGGGAAUAGGGUGCCAUUUUGAAUAAAACAGCAACAGGUAGAUAUGUUUACUUGAAGGAAAGUGAAUAUGGGCAUUACUGGUAUGAACUGUGGCUGUAAGAUGACUAUGCUGUGAUAUACUGAAUCAGUUUGUCCUCAACUCUUGCAGGUGAGCGUUGUACUCAUGUUGUCCAGUGGGCUGGCCAGAACAUUGGUGUAUUAUUGGCCUGACAAAAUGGACUCCUUGAACAAUUCCUAUUUUAAAAGUGAUUGUAGCCCAGAGAAGAUUCCCUGGAGAUUAUUAGUUCUCUAAAAUGUUCUCGUCAUCAAAUGGCUCAGUGGUUUUUGGACAGCGUACCUCCUCUUCAUUGAUCAACCGAUACUAAAGCAUGUAGAAAUGGACAGGCUAUCAAGAUGUUGAUAGACUAGUGGGAAAAAUAAAACGUUAUAAAAAUACAAUACCUAUACAUGA